UGUUGCAAGACUGUUAAGAAUUUGGUAUAAAACUCUCUUUGUUUUAUCCUGCCUCCCAAGAAGGAUGAAAACAACAUCUAUUUAACUUUCUUCACUACUACACUUCUCAUAGUUCUUCGACGAAGUAACAAGUCAAUUCGAGAACGUCUUCUUACUUUGUUCCUGCGUACACUUGGAACUUAUCUAUCUCCGGCACUUCAUUUGGAGGAUCAUCAUUUUAUAUAUCAUUUCUCUAUCAUUCACCCAGAGAUCAAUCGCUUGUGCUAGCCAAGUUAAGUUUAUCUGUGGUGAAUUUGUAGUGAGCCAUUUUGGAAAAGGUGCAAUAUUUGUGACUGUGUAUAUUAUUUUGGAGGAUUCAUCCAACACGCAUAAAGUCGGUAAGUGGCGAUUGGUUUUAUGUCAUUUUUAUCAACUCAGCGACCAUUCCCGCUUCACUGGUGACCCCGACGUGAUACUUGGAAGCUUGGUUGUACAAUUUUAUUAUUCCCUGAUUUUUUGGACUUAACAAUUUCAUUUUUGUCUUUCUUCAAAUGUAUACAUUCUGGAUUUUGUUUCGAAUGUUUUAUGCUCUUGCAUUUAUACACGUUUAUUCGAUGCAUACCAUGUCAUGUAUUACUGUUCUAUUCAUUACUACUGAAAGCCUUUCACAUACCAUGCUUGUAACUCGUUCAGGGAGAACAGUACAUUUCUCAGAUCGCUAUGUUCAAGUUUGGCAUUUCAAAUGAGACUUUCUCAUAUUUUCAUUCGGACUAUUACUUUUUCUCUAUUAUCGCCCGUUUCCUUCUAUUCAACGUUCUAGGAGGGGGCUGAUGUAGUAUUUUCCUCAUUUCAUCCUUUUUCAUUUCUUAAUGUCAUUUGUUAUUUUGCAAACCCAAUUUGGGAGGACAUUGCCCUCUGACAUUAUGCCAGGCACUGCCCCUAUAUAUUUAUCAACCAGUGUCAGCAUAAUGGCUUCAAUGUCCCUGUACCUGGUAAUCACCAGUGACUCAUUCUCCCUUCCCAGAAUUUGGUAUAAAACUCUCUUUGUUUUAUCCUGCCUCCCAAGAAGGAUGAAAACAACAUCUAUUUAACUUUCUUCACUACUACACUUCUCAUAGUUCUUCGACGAAGUAACAAGUCAAUUCGAGAACGUCUUCUUACUUUGUUCCUGCGUACACUUGGAACUUAUCUAUCUCCGGCACUUCAUUUGGAGGAUCAUCAUUUUAUAUAUCAUUUCUCUAUCAUUCACCCAGAGAUCAAUCGCUUGUGCUAGCCAAGUUAAGUUUAUCUGUGGUGAAUUUGUAGUGAGCCAUUUUGGAAAAGGUGCAAUAUUUGUGACUGUGUAUAUUAUUUUGGAGGAUUCAUCCAACACGCAUAAAGUCGGUAAGUGGCGAUUGGUUUUAUGUCAUUUUUAUCAACUCAGCGACCAUUCCCGCUUCACUGGUGACCCCGACGUGAUACUUGGAAGCUUGGUUGUACAAUUUUAUUAUUCCCUGAUUUUUUGGACUUAACAAUUUCAUUUUUGUCUUUCUUCAAAUGUAUACAUUCUGGAUUUUGUUUCGAAUGUUUUAUGCUCUUGCAUUUAUACACGUUUAUUCGAUGCAUACCAUGUCAUGUAUUACUGUUCUAUUCAUUACUACUGAAAGCCUUUCACAUACCAUGCUUGUAACUCGUUCAGGGAGAACAGUACAUUUCUCAGAUCGCUAUGUUCAAGUUUGGCAUUUCAAAUGAGACUUUCUCAUAUUUUCAUUCGGACUAUUACUUUUUCUCUAUUAUCGCCCGUUUCCUUCUAUUCAACGUUCUAGGAGGGGGCUGAUGUAGUAUUUUCCUCAUUUCAUCCUUUUUCAUUUCUUAAUGUCAUUUGUUAUUUUGCAAACCCAAUUUGGGAGGACAUUGCCCUCUGACAUUAUGCCAGGCACUGCCCCUAUAUAUUUAUCAACAAGUGUCAGCAUAAUGGCUUCAAUGUCCCUGUACCUGGUAAUCACCAGUGACUCAUUCUCCCUUCCCAGAAUUUGGUAUAAAACUCUCUUUGUUUUAUCCUGCCUCCCAAGAAGGAUGAAAACAACAUCUAUUUAACUUUCUUCACUACUACACUUCUCAUAGUUCUUCGACGAAGUAACAAGUCAAUUCGAGAACGUCUUCUUACUUUGUUCCUGCGUACACUUGGAACUUAUCUAUCUCCGGCACUUCAUUUGGAGGAUCAUCAUUUUAUAUAUCAUUUCUCUAUCAUUCACCCAGAGAUCAAUCGCUUGUGCUAGCCAAGUUAAGUUUAUCUGUGGUGAAUUUGUAGUGAGCCAUUUUGGAAAAGGUGCAAUAUUUGUGACUGUGUAUAUUAUUUUGGAGGAUUCAUCCAACACGCAUAAAGUCGCAAGUGACCUCAGAUGACCUUGCAGAGUCAGUCCAAGGCAUCGGAUUUGAUGCUACAUGCUCCCUGGUGGCGCUAGAUAAGGAACUGAAGCCACUGUCUGUAAGCCAGUCAGGUGACAAUGAGAGGAACAUCAUCAUGUGGAUGGAUCAUCGUGCUAAGGUUCAAGCAGAGAGAAUCAACAAGGCGGGCCAUGAAGCGCUACGCUUCACGGGAGGGGAGAUAUCCUUGGAGAUGGAGCCACCAAAACUGCUAUGGUUGAAAGAGAAUCUGUUUGAGGCGUGUUGGCAGAAAGCAGGUACAUUCAUGGAUUUAGCUGACUUCAUGACAUGGAGAGCCACUGGAUCACAGAUAAGAUCUCUGUGCACAGUGGUAUGUAAGUGGAUGUUCCAAGCAAACGACACAGGACUGAGAGAGUGGAACUCAUCAUUCUAUGAGAGUAUCGGCCUCAAGGAACUCCUGGAAGAUCAACAGCAGAAAAUAGGAAACCUUUUCCAGCUCCCAGGGGAUCCAUGUGGAGAUGGUCUUAGUCAUGGUGCUGCUGAGGAGCUUGGACUAAGACCAGGACUACCUGUAGGAACAGGAAUAAUUGAUGCUUAUGCUGGAGGCAUAGGAAUGUUGGGUGCAGAUGUGUCUGGCUUGAAGCUGCCUUGUGAAACUCGACCUUUGACCUCCAGGCUUGCUCUCAUCUGUGGGACGUCAACAUGUCACAUGAGUCUGAGCAAGAAGGAGACCUUUGUGCCCGGUGUUUGGGGUCCUUACUACAGCUGUAUGGUGCCAGGACUCUGGGGGAACGAAGGAGGAGAGAGCUGUACAGGCAAGCUCAUUGAUCAUAUCAUACACACUCAUCCUGCCGUUGAUCUGCUUACAGAACAGAGCAAAAAGAGAGGUUGUGAUAUGUACACAUGGUUAGAUGACCAAUUGAUGACCAUGGCCAGAGAAAAACACCUCUCGUCUCCAGCCAUGCUCACCAGAGAUCUCCAUGUUUGUCCUUAUUUCUAUGGCAACAGAUCACCGCUUGCUGAUCCUACAUUGAAAGGAAUGAUUUGUGGUUUGAGGUUGUCUUCCAGUCUGGAUGACCUAGCACUUCUCUACCUUGCUACCCUUCAGGCAUUAGCACAUGGAACACAUUUGAUAGUCCAACAAAUGGUCAAAUCUGGUUACGACAUCUCAACUCUCUUUGCUUGUGGUGGUCUGUGUAAGAGUGAUCUGUUCUUACAAACCCAUGCAGAUGUUACAGGUCUGCCUAUAGUCUUGCCUAAGGAGUCUGAGUCAGUAUUGGUUGGGGCAGCCAUCUUGGGAGCAAAGGCUUCUGGGAGAUUUGACCUCGAGAGUGCAAUGAGCCGAAUGUGUGGCGUGGGUAAAGUUGUCUGGCCAGAUGAACAACAGAGGGUGUACUACAUCAAAAAACAUGAAGUGUUCUUGAAACUUGUCGAUCAUCAGAGGGAGUACAAAUGCAUCAUGGAAGAGCUCUGACGUAGGAAACCAUUUACCCAAAGAAUGAGGUUCAUCCAAGAUUGACCAUCUCCAACUACAGCUACCUAUAGACCUGAAACAUUAGGAUAUCAUCAGGUGCUCUGCCAACUAGGGCUUCCAUGAAAAAUAGGACAUCAAAUUUUCCUUUUGUUUAUGUUGUCUUUAAUCGAGGUACCUACAGGAAAGUGAAUCAAUGAUAAAGGAAUGAAAGAGUGAGUGAAAGAGUGAGGGAAUGAAUGAAUGAGUGAGUGAAAAAGUGAGUUAAAGGGAACCCAAACCUUCAUACUAAGUUACUUUUAUUGUAAAGUUUAAGAUAUUGGAAUAAAAUCAGUGAAAAUUUGAACAAAAUCGGGUAAGGAAUAAGUAAGUUUCAGCUUUUUUAAAUGACUUCCACUAGAGGGCAAUAUUCAAUUUGCUGACAUAAUUUGUGGACAACUCUCCAUGCCUUUUGGACAUCAAAUUUCAUGUUUUUCCUUCUUUCUUGGGAUUGAGAUAAUCUAUUCCCCUGAAAGCAAGGU